GUGAAAGUGUUCAGUCCGUCAGACUCCAUUUUGAGAGCAGAACAGACAGAAGAAGACGGAGGAGGAACAGUAAAGUGUGAGGCAGACCUGAAGAUGAGUGUUUGUGUGGAAGAAGAGAUGGACCAAGCAGAACCUGCAGGAUCCAUCUGUCCAUCUAUGAAGAGUGACCGGUCCAGACUUGAACCUAUAAACUUCAGUACUGAACCUGGACCAUCAGACACAAAAAAGAGGAAGAGGACUCACGUCUCUGUGAAGAAGCAGCCCACCUGCUGUAUUUGCUGUCAGGACGUCCUGAAGGAUCUGGUCUCUACCAGCUGUGGACACUGGUUCUGCAGACGCUGCAUCACCUCAUACUGGGACCAGUCUGCUUCACCAGGAGACUCCUCCUGUCCCCAGUGUGGAGUGAAUGUUGGUCUGCAGGAGGUUUUAGAUGAACAUAAGAUCAGUCUGAGGAGGAGAUGUGAACAUGUGACUGAAGGAAGUGAUGGAACAGGAAGUGAUGGAACAGGAAGUGAUGGAACAGGAAGUGGAACCCUCCUCAGCAGGAUCUACACUGAGCUCUACAUCACAGAGGGACAGAGUGAAGAGGUUAAUACCCAACAUGAGGUGAGGCAGCUUGAGACAGCUUCCAAGAAGAAGACCUUCAGUGAAACUCCAAUCAGGUGCUGCGACAUCUUUAAAGCCUCACCUGACCAACAGAGACGCAUCAGAGUGGUUCUGACCGACGGCGUCGCUGGAGUUGGAAAAACCUUCUCGGUGCAGAAGUUCACUCUGGACUGGGCAGAGGGCUCCGAAAACCAAGAUGUCAGUCUGCUGGUUCUGCUGUCGUUCAGGGAGCUGAACCUGAUCAGAGAUGAGCAGUACAGUCUUCUCAGGCUGCUCCAUGUUUUCCAUCCAACAUUACAGAAGGUGACAGCAGAGAAGCUCGCUGUCUGUAAACUUCUCUUCAUCUUUGACGGCCUGGAUGAAAGCAGACUUUCACUGGAUUUCAACAACCAUGAGGUCGUGUCUGAUGUCACACAGGAGUCAUCAGUCAGCGUGCUGCUGACAAACCUCAUCCAGGGGAAGCUGCUUCCCUCGGCUCUCGUCUGGAUCACUUCCCGACCUGCAGCGGCCAAUCGGAUCCCUCCUUCAUGUGUCGACAGGGUAACAGAAGUACGAGGCUUCACUGACGUCCAGAAGGAGGAGUACUUCAGGAGGAGGUGCAGUGAUGAAGAUCUGUCCAGCAGAAUCAUCUCACACAUCAAGACCUCCAGGAGCCUCCACAUCAUGUGUCUGAUCCCAGUCUUCUGCUGGAUCACUGCUACAGUUCUGGGCCACAUGUUGACUACAGAGCAGAGAGGAGAGCUGCCCAAGACCCUGACUGACAUGUACUCACACUUCCUGCUGGUUCAGACAAAGAGGAAGAAGCAGAAGUACGAUGAGGGACGUGAGACGAGUCCACAGGAGCUGACGGAGGCUGACAGGGAAGUUCUUCUGAAGCUGGGGAGGCUGGCGUUUGAACAUCUGGAGACAGGAAACAUCAUGUUCUACCAAGAAGACCUGGAGCGCUGUGGUCUUAAUGUCACAGAGGCCUCGGUGUACUCAGGAGUUUGUACAGAGAUCUUCAGAAGAGAGAGUGUGAUCUUCCAGAAAACAGUCUACUGCUUUGUUCAUCUGAGCGUUCAGGAGUUUCUGGCUGCAGUCUACAUGUUCUACUGUCACACCAACAGGAACACAGAGGUGGUGGAGGACUUCCUGAGAGAUUGGGGUUAUAACAGUGACCCAUCCCUGGAUGACUUCUUGAGGAGCGCCAUGAUGAAAUCCCUCAAGAGUAAAAAUGGCCACCUGGACCUGUUUGUCCGCUUCCUUCAUGGCCUCUCUCUGGAGUCCAACCAGAGACUCUUAGCAGGCCUGCUGGGUCGGACAGACAACAGGCCAGAACUCAUCCAGAGAGCCAUCAACAACCUGAAGAAGAUGAACAGUUAUGAGAUCUCUCCUGACAGAAGCAUCAACAUCUUCCACUGUCUGAUGGAGAUUAACGACCACUCAGUCCAUCAGGAGAUCCAAGAGUUCCUGAAGUCAGAGAACAGAUCAGAGAAGGAACUCUCUGAGAUCCACUGCUCAGCUCUGGCCUACAUGCUGCAGAUGUCAGAGGAGGUUCUGGAUGAGUUGAACCUGAUGAAAUACAGAACAUCAGACCAGGGACGACUGAGACUGAUUCCAGCUGUGAGGAACUGUAGAAAGGCUGUACUGGCUGGCUGUCAACUCUCAGAGACUCAGUGUGAAGUCGUCGCCUCAGCUCUGAAGUCCAACCCCUCACAUCUGACACAUCUGGACCUGAGUCACAACUACCUGAAUGAUUCAGGAGUGAAGCUGCUGUGUUCUGGACUGGAGAGUCCAAACUGUCGACUGGAGAAUCUGAAAUUUUUUGGCUGCAAUUUGUCAGAGAUCAGCUGUGAUUCUCUGGCCUCAGCUCUGAAGUCCAACCCCUCCCAUCUGAGACAUCUGGACCUGAGUAACAACUACAACCUGCAGGAUUCAACAGUGAAGCUGCUUUGUGAUUUUCUGCAGAGUCCAAACUGUCGACUGGAGACUCUGAGAUUGGAGAGAUGCAGUUUGUCAAAGAUCAGCUGUGAUUCUCUGGCCUCAGCUCUGAAGUCCAACCCCUCCCAUCUGAGCGAGCUGGACCUGAGUGACAACAAGCUGCAGGAUUCAGGAGUGAAGCUGCUGUGUGAUUUUCUGCAGAGUCCAAACUGUCGACUGGAGACUCUGAGAUUGGAGAGCUGCAGUUUGUCAGAGAUCAGCUGUGAUUCUCUGGCCUCAGCUCUGAAGUCCAACCCCUCCCAUCUCAGAGAGCUGGACCUGAGUAACAACAACAACCUGAAGGAUUCAACAGUGAAGCUGCUUUGUGAUUUUCUGCAGAGUCCAAACUGUCGACUGGAGACUCUGAGAUUGAGUGGCUGCAGUUUGUCAAAGAUCAGCUGUGAUUCUCUGUCCAACCUCUCCCCUCUGAGAGAGCUGGACCUGAGCUACAACAAGCUGCAGGAUUCAGGAGUGAAGCUGCUGUGUGAUUUUCUGCAGAGCCCAAACUGUCAACUGGAGACUCUGAGAUUGAGGUGGUGCAGUUUGUCAAAGAUCAGCUGUGAUUCUCUGGCCUCAGCUCUGAAGUCCAACCCCUCCCAUCUGAGAGAGCUGGACCUGACCUACAACGACCUGCAGGAUUCAGGAGUGAAGCUGCUGUCUGAUCUGAAGGACAGUCCACAAUGUAGACUGGAGACUCUGAGCUGGUAGUGAUGAAAGGUGGAGGUGUUGAGAGGAUCAGCUGUGUCCUGAUGAUCCAGACAGGUUGAAGCAGCACCAUCAGCUGGUGGGUGGAGAGGCUGUGACUGGGCCGUGUUACUGGGAGGUGGAGUGGAGAGGAGAGCUUCAUCCAGCAGUGACUGACGGACCAAUCACAACAAGUGGAGCUGACUGUCAGUGCUGCAGUCUGAACUGCUCUGAGAUCAGCUCCACUGUCACCCAGUCCACCAUCCAGCUCCAUGUGUUGGGGCCACUAACUGCCCUCCCUACUGCCCCCUGGAUUUAACUACAACACAAACAAAUCCAUCCAGUCCAAACACACAUUUAGAACUAGAACAUGUUUAUACUUUAAAUAUAUUUGUAAUCAACUAUUUUCCUACAUUAAGUUACAGCUCAGUAUCUGUGUGUCACUUGUGCAGCCUGAUGUUGAACUUGAGGGGAACGUUUUAGACGUGACACCAGUUUGAUCUUCGUAUUUCCUGCAGCAUCAGUGAGCUCCAGUUUAAGGUGCGACCCUGCUGGUUUACACAUCACGUGAUCAACACACACAUGAAGUCGACCUGUGGAGCUUUUUCCCUCUGAGCUCAGUGUUGAAGCCGUUCUUAUCACCAGCGUUCAUGUUCUGGAGCUGCUUUCUGCCAGCAGAUGUCACCGUUUCCAUUGUGUCGCCUCACUGAGGUUUAACUGAACCAUGAUGAAGGAUUUCUCUCUGACUGCAUUUUCUAUCAAAUUAAAUGGGAUCAUUAAUGAGUUCAACUUGAUUUAAAUUUGUAAUAUGUAACAUUUCUGCAUUAAAAUGUCUAAAAACGA